AUGCUCUUCGACCUUCUCCUCAGUGGAGACGGAUUCGCUCGCCUCCUUAGCGGGCUCGGAGAUUUCCUCGGUGGUCUCCUGGGGGGCAGUCUCCUCGGCUACAGGCUCCUGGGAGGCUCCUCGGCGAUAGUCUCUACAGCAGGAGCUUCCUCCGCAAUCGCCUCCUCUGGCUUAGCCGCAUCGACAGUAGUAGACUCGGGGGCUUCGACGGUUUCCGGGGCUGUUUCUGUCUUCUCGCUGGUGGUAGACUCAGGAACAACCUCUUCGGCCACCGUCUGCUGGGCGGCCUCAGAGGGCUUAGACUCUUCGACGGCGGGCUCGGGAGAAGAUUCCUCGGUAACCGCAGGCGCAGCCUCAGACUUUUCUUCAGUUGAGGGUGCUUCUGUAGCAGGCUCAAGGGUAGGUUCUUCUGCUACGACUGAUGUUGGCUCGGAUUUCUCCUCGCUCAAAGCGGCCUCCGCAGGGGCAUCUUCCUUUACAAACCCGGAGGAUGUAGAAUCCUCCAGGACCGGUUCAGCAGGCUCCUCGGUAGUGGGGGCUGUCUGCUCUGGCUCCUUUGCAAGAGCAGACUCGGCGGCGGGCUCUUCGACCUUUGUCUCUUCAGUUGCCUCCUUUGUAGCUUCCGCGGUCACAUCGGAAUCCUUCGGCUCGUCGCCCGUUUCAGCUAGUUCAACUGUCUCGGUCUCUGGCGCAGAGGGGACCUCAGUGGCCUCAGCAGGUUGCUCAACUUCGGCGGCGGCAUCGGAUGGAUUUUUCUCGGGAAUUUCGGUCGACUCGGACGUCUCGUUGGCGAUAUGGUUAUCCUCCGCCUUCACAUCGGUCUCCGUCGCAAUAGUCUCCGUUGUCUUUUCGUCCUGA